GGCCUGUCAAGGCGGUUUCUAUGAGGAGCAAUCAGGGGAAGCCUAUGUAUAACGCAAAGCAUGAUGGGACUUGUAGUUGUGCUAUUCCUGAUUGUUCACAGCUGCCAAGACACUGCUGAUAAGUUCUAACUGUUCAGACUUCUGGUCCUCUGAACACCAUGCUGAGGACGAGAGUGCAGCAUCUGCUGCUAAACUACACAUCCGGUCACCUGCAUCCCAACCCCGCAAAGCUGCCAGCCCUCCUGAGGCUCGCCUGCAGCCGCUGCCCCUCCGCACGCCCCCUGCACAAUCAGACACUGCACCCAGAGUGGGCAGCCCUUGCCAAGAAGCAGCUGAAAGGCAAAGACCCAGAGAUCUUGAGAUGGCACACUCCAGAGGGUAUAGUCAUAAAACCUCUUUAUACCAAAAGGGACACACAGGAUCUUCCAGAGGAGCUACCAGGGGUGAAACCUUUCAGCCGAGGGCCGUAUCCUACUAUGUACACUCACAGGCCGUGGACUAUCCGACAGUAUGCCGGCUUCAGCACAGUAGAGGAGAGCAACAAGUUUUAUAGAGAUAAUAUAAAAGCUGGUCAGCAGGGAUUAUCUGUUGCUUUUGACCUUGCUACCCAUCGUGGGUAUGACUCGGACAACCCUCGGGUUCAUGGAGAUGUUGGGAUGGCUGGAGUUGCCAUAGAUACAGUGGAGGACACUAAGAUGCUUUUUGAUGGGAUUCCUUUGGAGAAGAUGUCUGUGUCUAUGACCAUGAAUGGUGCUGUUAUCCCUAUCCUGGCUAUGUUUAUUGUCACUGGACAGGAGCAAGGUGUCCCCCAGGAAAAGCUGACUGGAACCAUACAAAAUGAUAUCUUAAAAGAGUUUAUGGUCAGAAAUACAUAUAUAUUUCCCCCAGAGCCAUCCAUGCGCAUCAUUGCUGAUAUAUUCCAGUACACUUCUCAGCACAUGCCAAAGUUUAAUUCCAUCUCCAUCAGUGGGUACCACAUGCAGGAAGCGGGAGCUGAUGCUGUGUUGGAACUGGCUUACACAAUAGCAGAUGGCUUAGAGUAUUGUAGAACUGGGCUGAAAGCUGGCCUCACUAUUGAUGAAUUUGCACCCAGACUGUCAUUCUUUUGGGGCAUUGGGAUGAAUUUUUACAUGGAAAUUGCCAAAAUGAGAGCUGGCCGUCGUCUGUGGGCAAACUUAAUAGAACAAAACUUUCAACCUAAGGAUCAGAAAUCUCUGCUACUGAGAGCUCACUGCCAAACGUCAGGAUGGUCUCUUACCGAGCAGGACCCGUACAAUAAUGUUAUUAGGACAGUAAUUGAAGGAAUGGCGGCUGUGUUUGGAGGUACUCAGUCGUUGCACACAAACUCUUUUGAUGAGGCCUUAGGGUUACCUACUGUGAAGAGUGCCCGCAUUGCACGGAACACCCAGAUUAUAAUCCAAGAGGAGUCUGGUAUUCCCAAGGUUGCGGAUCCAUGGGGUGGUUCCUACAUGAUGGAGUGUCUGACUGAAGAUGUCUAUCAAGCUGCUCUAAAGAUGAUUAAAGAAGUAGAGGAUAUGGGCGGCAUGGCCAGAGCUGUCGCUGAGGGCAUCCCCAAACUCCGUAUUGAGGAGUGUGCAGCAAGGAGACAAGCCAGGAUCGAUUCAGGAUCUGAAGUUAUUGUUGGUGUGAAUAAAUACCAGCUGGAAAAAGAAGAAACCGUAGAAGUUCUGUCUAUUGAUAACACUUCAGUACGCAACAAGCAAAUUGAAAAGCUUGAGAAGGUGAAAGCCUGUAGAGAUCGCUCAGUUGCAGAGCAGUGUUUAGCCGCCAUCACAGAAUGCGCAUCGACAGGAAAAGGCAACAUCCUGGCGCUUGCAGUGGAAGCUGCCCGUGCAAGGUGUACGGUUGGAGAAAUAACCCAAGCUAUGAAGAAAGUUUUUGGGGAACACAAAGCAAGUGACCGGAUGGUGAGUGGUGCCUAUCGUCAGGAGUUUGGUGAAAGCAAUGAAAUAGCUGUAACGAUCAACAGAGUACAGAAAUUCAUGGAACGUGAAGGCCGUCGGCCUCGUAUACUUGUUGCAAAAAUGGGACAGGAUGGUCAUGACCGCGGAGCUAAAGUUAUUGCCACUGGGUUUGCUGACCUCGGUUUUGAUGUUGAUAUUGGUCCUCUUUUUCAGACCCCACGUGAAGUUGCCCAGCAGGCAGUUGAUGCAGACGUUCACUGUGUAGGUGUAAGCACUUUGGCUGCCGGUCAUAAAACACUUGUUCCUGAACUAAUAAAAGAGUUGUGUGCUCUGGGACGAUCGGAUAUUCUUGUUAUAUGUGGAGGUGUCAUACCACCGCAGGAUUAUGAAUUUUUGUUUAAUGCCGGUGUAUCCAGUGUUUUUGGACCUGGAACUCGAAUUCCUAAAGCUGCAGUUCAAGUGGUUGAUGACAUUGAGAGGAGCCUCGACAAAAGACAGCAGGCGCUAUAAAGUCACACCAUAAAAAUAUCGCCAGUGAUCAGAUCAGUCUGCAUCGCCACUCAAAUGGAAAAUACUCACGUAUUCAGAACAACCCACAGACUUAUUGAACGAGAACUUUAUCAGAAUGUUUUAUAUUGCCCUGUGUUAAAUUUAAGCUGUGAUUGGACGCAAAUCUACAUUGAAUAAAUAUUAAGUUAAACUAUAAUUUUAAGAAUUAAAUACAGUUUUCUUAAUGAAA